AUGGAGAGAAUCUGGCUUCACGGACAGCCCUAUCAUCUUAUCCAGUCAGGCCAGAUUUUGCCUCUGCUUAGCCAGUGUCUUUUUAACUAUGAGUUCCUGCUGCAUAAAAUCUGGGGUUUGUCUCUCUGCCAUGUGGAAGAGGACUUGAAAGCUGCUGUAAUUCCAGAAAAAGAGUUGCCAGAUGUUUCCGUGUUGGCCCAGGCUCUCAGUCUCUCACAGUCGGUGCUGCUAAAGGAUCCAUGCCAACUGGCAUCUCAGUUGCUUGGCCGUCUGCUUCACAUCGUUGCGCAGGACAAGCCUGUGGCUCCAGGUGACCCUCGGCAUUUCUCUUAUUUGCAUGAUUUGGUGGCACAGUGCCAGUUCUCCUCUGUGCCAGUCCUGGUUCCCUCUUACAGCUGCCUCCUGACCCCUGGAGGACUCACACACACACUUCUCGCAGGUCAUACGAGUCCUGUAAAAGCAUUGGCUCUUGGUCGGCAUUAUGCAGUGUCCUGUUCUAUCGAUGGAAUGCUUAACCUCUGGAAGUUGGGUGAAACUGUAACCCUUGCCAGAACCCUACCCAGGACAGGGGAAUCUUCAGACUUCUCUGCAGACACACUCUCUCUCUGUCUGGAUGAUGAAGUGUUAGUGUUAAGGAGGGGUCACAGCUUUCAGGUCCAAGAGGUGCAUUCUGAAAAGGUGCUUUAUACGGAAAACGAGUUACUGGAUGUUCCUGUCAUCACGUCCACAUGUGAUGGACGACUGCUGGUCGUCUUUUAUGAUGGUAGUCACACCGUCAAAGUGUUUGACUUAUCAGCAUCGUGCUUGCUGGUGCACUGUGUGAACAUCACUCCCGGUUGUGAUCCAAUUCACAAAGACAACUCCAUCCUGGUGUCUCAAAACUCUGUUAAAGACCAUGUUCUUUUUGCAUAUAGAAGUGGAAGUGAAGCUGCAGUUUUCAGCGCUGGAGCAGGAUCUGUAUUAGUGACACUAAAAGCACAGCAUCAGGCUGCCUCCAUACAGGCUGUGGAAAUGAGCUCUCAGUACUAUCUGCUCUUCUGCAGGUAUCCCUAUAAGAGACACGGUGAUCUAAUACAUAUCGAGCUCUUCAGCACUGCAUCAUUCCAGUACCUGCGCUCUAUUCUGGGCUGCAGUCAGGACAACAUUUCUCAGAUUACCAUUAAUAAAGGUGGUACCCAUGUGGUGGCCUUUUGCCCCUCGGUUUAUAGUCUCAGCACAGAGAUUGUCACCUGGAAUCUGGAGACAGAAGAUCAUAAACACAUGGCACAAUUCCCAGGCCUUCUGACUGCAGGUAUAUGUUCUGAUCUACGGUUCUGUAUGGGGUUCUGUAUGGGAGAAAGGUAUCUGCGACUUUGGAAUCUGGCUUCUAGAAUCAAUGAUCAGACUCUUACUUACAACACCCACAGGGUACCAAAUGAUGGCACUGAGAAAAUUAUACCAAUGGACAAAUACCCAAGCUAUGUAGUGUGCCACAGCAUACACCCUGGUACAGUGCGGGUGUGGAACACAAGGAGAGUGAGGUCCAGAGCUCAGCCUGUACGGGUUGAACAUGGUUUAUUUACCAGUUCUGAUGUCGCUUUGGCCCAAGAUCUCAGACUCUACAUACUAACGGAUCGUGGCACUACCACUUUUACUGAUACUCCCACACCAGUUUACCAGACCUUGUUGGUGUACAAUCUUCUAACAAGAAGCUAUAUUAAAAAGCUGUCUGGUCUGUUCAUUGUACCAUGCCCUCAACGGGACUAUCGGCUUCUGAAGGGGGAGCUACUGCUGGGCCUGUCAGAGACUCGUGAUCAUCUGAUAAUAUGGGAUCUGGACUCAGGUUACAUUAAAGGACGUAUUAAAACAAACCAUGGAGAGCCUUUGUUGUCCAGCUCCAGAGCUGAAGUCAGUCUGACUCAGUGGACUGGGGUGAAAACAGCAUUGGUCAUGCCUUGGGAUAUACGUACAGAGAGCCAUACUGCCAGGAAAAGAAGGCAGGAAUGUGAGCUUCAGAGGGAGAUUGAAGAGCAACAAUAUUUAGAGAAAGAGAAGUACAACUCCAUUGACCAGUACCUCCUCAGUGGUGAUGAAAAGGUGGUGGUAUGUUCCUACUUCGCCCACCAUCUAAAUGUCUUUAGUGUAGUUUCCCAGAAGCACUUGCACACACUUGAAGAUCGCUUGUCACUUCUGGGACUCCGCAUUGCAGCACUCACCCACUCAGGAAGGCAUCUGAUCAUCUCAAACUAUAGUGAGGCUCAGAAAUCCCCUUAUCUAUCUCUCUGGGAUAUACACAAAGGCAGGGUGCAAAAAAGACUGAAAAACGAGCAUGGAAUUUGUUGUGUUGCUAUAACAGAUGAUGCCAGCAGAAUUGCCUUUGGCAUUGUGAAGAGUAAAAAAUUAAAGGUGUGGGAACCCUUCAGAAGAAAGCACAAAACCAUUCAGGGAUAUGGAGGCCUAAAGCUGAGCGUAUCCAGUCAGCUUUACAUAAUUAAUGGAGGUGGGAAAGCCAUUCUGCUAGCAGGUGAGGCGAGCGUGUGGGAUCUGGACUCUGGGACAGUGUUGUCCGUCUUUACUCCUGAUUCCAAAAUUCAGUGUCUAUCUGUAGUCGAUGAUGAAAACUGCAGUUUUCUUCUUGGUUUUAGUGACACUGCAAGCCUCAUAAGCAUGACCCUGAGCAAAAAGGGGGGCGCCAAAAUAGCUAAAACUGCUCAGCAGGACCACCUUUUCGGAGAGUCAAGUAGCAGUGAGGAAGACGAGGAUAUAGAGACUAAUAGAGUUGGCUAAGAUCGUUGGGUGUUCGUGAAAAACAUGAAAUAGCCCACCCUGUGAGUUGCACUGUACAGUUUAUCAUGAUAUUAGAGGAAGUAACGGCAAUGGAAAAAAACCUUAGUCUUUGUCAACAGUAGGAGACCUCAACAGGUCACAAGGUCCUGAAGUCAUAAUGAAACUACAGCAAUCAGCAACCAAACCAAUCUCUACUGAGUAAUAUAUAAUAUAUAAUAAAAUUUAGCAUGGUCUAUA